AUGAUUAAACCAAAUAAAGCUACGUCUAAAAGGUCUGAUUCUAUUAUUGAUUUCGGCAUUUCUCAGAAUGCUAGUGGUUGGACAUCUGAAGUGCUUGACGAAGGAGAAUCUGAUCAUUGGCCGGUCCUGUUUCAAUCAUGCUUAGCAAUUAACGAGGAUUCUUUUUUUAAAAAAACGAACUGGAGAAUUUAUAAUUAUUUCCUUACUAUGGUUUAUGAGUAUUGGCUUUCGGUGGUAUAUAAUAUUGAUGAACAAACUUUUUUUUCUCUAUUCUCUUCAUUUCUAUCUGCGUUGAGUGACAGAUGUAGUGUUUAUGAAACAGUUGCUAAAUAUCGACCUCCCUGGCCUCCUGAUUUAGUUCUACUUGCAAAAUCUGUAAAUAGAGCUAGACGUGCUUACAGAAGAAUGAAAUGUUUACAAAGGUUGCAAUUGUAUUUAGAUUUAAAAGAUAUUUUUAUUGCUAAAAGAACGGAUUUUUUAAACUCUAAACAAGAACAAAAACUUAAAUGGGUUGCUGAAGGAAAUAAUGUGUGGACAUUUGUAAAGCCGCAUUUUCAUGCAUUUACUCCGCCUUUUCGUGGACUAACAAUAGGUUCAGAAAAAAUAACAGAUGGAAAUAAAAUAGUUGAGACUUUAGCAAAUUACUUUGAGACUCAUUUCAAAAAACCACAGCAUGAUAAUAAUAAUAAUGAACACGUACAAUCAGUUGAAAUUUUUGAGAACAUUGAGUAUACACCUAAUAUUCCGCUGGAGCCAAUAACUGUUGUUGAAGUCCUACAAGAAUGGAAAAAAUUUAAAAAGAAAAAAUCUUUAGACAGUACUGGCACUUCUGCUUUCAUGAUAAAACAACUCCCACAAGAAUAUAUAGGAAUCAUAACUGUUUUAUUUAAUCAUUGUGCUGCUAAAGGGGAAUUCUUUGUCGACAGUAAACAUGCUAAAGUAGUGUGCUUGUCCAAAGAUGGACUAUUUCCGACUGAAAAUAAAUUAAGACCGAUUUCAUUGCUCCCUAAUUUAGGAAAAUGGUUUGAAAGAAUUAUACAUAAAAGAAUAUUAAAAUGGUGUGAGAAUAAUAAUAUUUUUGUUGAUGAACAAUCAGGAUUUACUGCUAAUAGAAGACUUCAAACAAGGAUUGUUUCACUAAUUGAGGAUAUUCGCUUAACAAUAGCUGCCUGUAAUCGUCCAGCUCUUGCAAUUUUUGUAGAUUUUAUGUCAGCCUUCGAUAGAAUGUGGUUUUGUGCUCUUAUUUCUUCUUUGACCAGACUCGACAUGCCCCUAGCAUAUAUAAAAUGGAUCUCCUCAUGGAUAAGUAAUCGUACUAUAUCAAUUCAUUACGGAGACUAUGUGUCACGAACUAUAAAGAUGGAAGUUGGCGCUCCACAGGGUUCAAUACUCGCAGCAACGUUAUUCAGGCUCCAUAUACAUCAUUUACCAUCUUUCUUUCAUCAAGUCAUAUCCCAUCUUUUUGCUGAUGACCUUGCGUUAAUACUAUCAGGAUCACUUGAGAAUAAAUUUUCGUUAAAUGUUGUGGAACUAGAAGAAAGAGCAAAUAAAGCGAUGUUAAUUUUAGAAAAAUUUGCGGAUGACCAUAUCUUACCCGUUAAUAUUCAAAAGACAAAAGCUGUAUUAAUACAUAAUAUUGUUUCUCCAUCUCUUCCUAAAAUCAAAUUUAAAGAUAAAAAUAUAGAUUAUGUUACCUCUUUUCAAUACUUAGGUGUUACCAUCACUACUAAGUUAGGCUGGGGAAAAUAUAUUGAUGAUAAAUUGCGUAAAAUUAAAGGCACAUACAAUGCAAUGAAAGUUUUAUUUUAUAAUAUACCUAAAAAAGAAAUAUUGAUUAGACUUGGUUGGUCUCGAAAACAAGGAAUGUCGUCAUUAGUUGUUGCUUCUGAAUCUUCAGAAGCUUCUAUUUCAUAA